AUGAAAGGAAUGAGAUCUAGUGUUAAGUGGCCAGGCAAGCUAAAUGACGAAGCAAGGAGAGACAUGACCAAGUGGUGCGAGUUCCACGGUGACCAUGGACAUAACACCCCAGACUGCAUUGCCUUGCGGUUGGAGGUCGCUGCACUAUUGAAGAGAGGACAUCUCCGAGAUCUGUUGACAGAUAAAGGGAAGAGUACCAUCAGCCAGGAAAGCACGAAAGAAAAAUCUCCACCUCUGCGGGAACCUAUGCCAAAAGGAUUCUGCAAUAUCAUCUCAGGAGGGUCAGAGAUUAAUACGGUAAUUCAGUUCGAAGAUGACGAGCCAGUUACCUUGGCAACCCCUCACCACGAUGCUUUAGCCGUCUCCCUCCAGAUCGCCAACAUUCUAGUCAAGAGGGUAUUCAUAGACCGUGGAUCAUCAACAAACAUUCUGUUCCUUGAAGCAGUGAAGACUAUGGGUCUGAAAGAAGCAAACAUCAACAGAAGGCCGACCCUACUAGCUGGGUUCAGUUUUGAGUAG